GGUGGGGGAGGGGAGGAGGCCGAGCGGCAACAUGGCGGCAGCGGCGGCGAGAGCCGUGCGGUCCGUGUGGCGCCUGGCGGGGCUGCCGGGGCGAGGCGCCUUUCUCGUUCCACAGCACCCGCAGCGGACUUCUCAGCUGCUUUGCAUAGUGACACAGGAGAAAGGCACUGGACCAAACUUGGAAGAAGAGCCAAACCAGACUCAACAUGAACAAAAAUCUGUUACUGGCUCUGCUGAAAAGAUGUUAAUAGAGGAAAAGGCCAAACUAGAAGAACAAUUAAAAGAAAUCACUGACAAGUAUAAACGUGCCCUGGCAGAUGCAGAAAAUCUACGACAAAGAACUCAGAAAUUGGUAGAAGAAGCAAAGUUAUAUGGAAUUCAGAGUUUCUGCAAAGAUUUGCUGGAAGUUGCUGAUGUUCUGGAAAAAGCAACUGAGAGUGUUCCCAGAGAAGAACUCAAGGAUGAAAAUCCACAUCUCAAAAACCUUUACGAAGGUCUUGUCAUGACUGAGGUUCAAAUACAGAAAGUGUUCACCAAACAUGGCUUGAUGAAACUGAAUCCUCUUGGAGCCAAGUUUGAUCCCUAUGAGCACGAAGCAUUAUUCCACGUUCCCAUGGAAGGGAAAGAACCUGGCACUGUGGCUUUAGUAUCCAAGGUGGGCUAUAAGUUGCAUGGCCGUACUUUGAGGCCUGCUUUAGUAGGUGUUGUAAAGGAACCUUAGCAGUCUAAUCUUAGAGUGCCACAGAACCAAUAGAUGCCCAGAUAAAGACUCACUAAACAGUGUGGGAGGCUAAACUAAAUGGUGGAAGAAGCUUUAAUACCAAUGAAGCAAUGUUGAAAUGUGUUUUUAAAAUGAAUACCAAUAAUGUGGUGGGGAAUGCAAAGUGAGUGGUAUGAAUUGCAAGCAUGAGUCAUCUGUGUCCCGUGAAUAAUAUUAUGGUGAUUAAUGAAAGGUAUUCUGCAUUGUAAUUAGGCAAUUUAGUAACAAUAAUGCAAUGUAGAUUGUUCAGAAUGAAAAUCUGAUCUUUUCAGUGUCGUGUUCUGUGUACAAAUUAGCAUUUUUGCUUAUUCUUUUAUGAAUACAGAGUUGGACACCAGC